AUGGCUGUGAAAGGAUUAGGCGAAAUCGACCAGAAAUACGACGGCUCCGGCUUGAGAGUCGGCAUUCUCCAUGCUCGUUGGAACUCCAAGAUCAUCACCGCUCUUGUUGACGGUGCAGUGGCCAGACUCAAGUCUUUCGGCGUCAAGGAAGAGAAUAUCGUUAUUGAGAGCGUUCCAGGCUCUUUUGAGUUGCCUUACGGUUCCAGACUCUUUGUUGAGAAGCAGCAGAAGUUGAACAAGCCAUUGGACGCUGUGAUCCCAAUUGGUGUCUUGAUCAAGGGCUCCACCAUGCACUUUGAGUACAUCUGUGACUCUGUCACGCACCAGUUGAUGAAGCUCAACUUUGAAUUGGGACUUCCUGUGAUUUUUGGUGUCUUGACUUGUCUUUCUGACGAGCAGGCCGAGGCCAGAGCAGGUCUUAUCGAGGGUAAGAUGCAUAACCAUGGAGAGGACUGGGGCUCUGCUGCCGUGGAGAUGGCCUUGAAGUUCAGAGUCUAG